AUGUCCAUCUUGUCGUGCCGUGUGUUGUGUUUGUUGGCCAUUGUGCUCUGCUGUGUGGGUGUGGCUCAUGCUGAUCCUGCUGCUUCACAAAGAAGCGUAGGAAAAGUGAAUGAGGAAGCAGAGAUGGUGGAAAAGACCAAAGAACUGAAGGAGGAGUGUGUGAAAGCAACCAACGCUGCUAAAAAGGUCGCGGAUGAAGCUCAAGAAUUUGUUUCUACUACUCAGGAUAAUCUCGAAACAAUUGCUGCUGACUCCAAAAAAGUGGAGGAAACGAAGAGUAAAGGUCAUGAACUCAUUGAAAAGGCAACGAAGGCUGCAGAGAAAGCAAAAGAAAUGGCCGACAAAAUUUUUGAAAGUAAAACUGAAACUGAAGAAAAAACGGCUAUUCUCUUUCAGGAAGAACUAGAUAAGGCAAGGGAAGCAGCUGACGAUGCUAUAGAUGCUGAGGGAAUGGCGAACACUUCUGUUAAUGAUGUGAAGAAUCUCCUGAAGGAACUCGAUGCCGCAGUUGCUGCUGCCAAAGAGAGGGAGAAGGAAAAACAGGUGGAUCCUCAACCACAGCCACAGGAACAGACAAAUGAAACAUCUCUUGGUGAGCAGCAAGGCCAUACAGAAGGAAAUAAGACGGAGCAAACACAAGAAAAACAAAAACAGCCUUCUAGUUCU